AUGGGUUGCUCCAUCUCCAGAUUCACCAUCCUCUCGUCGCUGCACACCCACCACUCCCUCCUCGUCGACCAGCCGCCGUCAAUCCACGCCUUCCACCCAGGUCCCGCCACCGGCCGGCGAGCGGUCUCCCACCCCGCCCCGCUCGUCCACCACCCGCCGUCCGGGAAAGGCGAUUCCGAGCAUCUGGUGUACUUAAAGUCCACCACAUACGGCUCCGUCCUCCACAUUCCUCCUCCGCCUCCUCCCCCGCCGCCGCCGUACAAGCCCGUGGAGGAAGAGUACGGUGAGCCGGUCGCCUCCCCCGACUCCGUAAUCAACGCCUGGGAACUCAUGGACGGCCUCGACGACGGCAAUGGCAAUGUGGGUGUUGAUUUUAAUUUGGGGAAACCUCAGCCACCGACGAGGAAUUCGUGCUGGGUCGAGGAAUUAGGGCUUCCGGACCAGCCGGAGAAGAAAUUGGGGUCGCCGUCGAAGCCGCUGUGGAAGCAUUUCUCGGAGGAGUCGUUUCUGUUGAAGUUGGACCCGGUCGUGGUCUCCAGCUACCGCCGCGCAUUGUUCGGCAAGAGCAAUCCCAAAAAAUCAGUACAUUCCGACUCCGAAUCUGGCUGCUCCCCUCAACCAGUCUGCGCCGCCGACGGCGGCGGCGGCAAGGGGGAAGGUGGCGGCGAAAUCGUGGUGUUCUUCACGAGCCUGAGGGGGAUCCGGAAGACGUACGAGGACUGCUGCACGGUCCGCACGAUAUUCCGCGGCCUGCGAGUCGCCGUCGACGAGAGGGACGUCUCGAUGCAUUCGGCGUACGGGAAGGAGCUGCGCGGGUUACUGGCGGUGGGCAACAAAAUGGCGGUGGGGGGAGGAGGGAGCUUGCCCCAGGUGUUCAUCGGCGGGAAGCACGUCGGUGGCGCGGAGGAGAUCCGGCGGCUGAACGAGUCCGGGGAGCUGUCGGAGCUCGUGAAAGGGUUUCCGGCCAGGGAUUGCCGGUGGGGCUGCGGCGUUUGUGGGGAUGCCAGAUUCGUGCUCUGCUCCAACUGCAAUGGCAGCAGGAAGGUGUUCGAUGAAGAUGAAGAGAGGCUGCGGCGGUGCCUGGAUUGCAACGAGAACGGCCUGAUUCGUUGCCGGAGCUGCUCCGUUUGA